GAGUUAGAGCAGUUGACCGAGACGGACGUACUUUUCGUUGCUCUGUUAUCUAAUCGGUGAGUUGUUGUUCCGAGUGCCAAAAGUGGAAGUGCUGUUACUUGCUCGUGAAUCAUCAAUAUUUAGUUAGUGAACUAUUCAUUUGUCAAUAUGAGUAUGAAUAAAUAUUUAACUGUGCGAGGUGAAAAAAGGGAACGGGGUGAGAGUGAGAGCCCAGAGAACUCACCAGUGACAAAAAAAGGGUGUGAUAUAAAAAACGACGAACUGUUACGUAGCAUCGAAACAACAAUUGAAAAGCUAUUGGAUAGGAAAUUGAAAGAAUUGGCGACAAAGGAGGAUGUAUCGGGAAUUACAAAAACGCUUAACACUCUUACGCUAGAGAACGAUUUGUUAAAGAAGGAUGUUCAACGUCUCAAAGCCGAAAAUAUCAGAGUUUUGAAUAGAUUGGACAGGUACGAGGAUCGUUCGCGUAGAAAUAAUUUAAUAUUUCGAGGUAUGAAAUUUAAUAGCAACGAGGACUGUCGUGAGAAAGUUAAAGACUUCUGUGAAAAUGUACUCAAGUGCGAUAAACAGGUUCACGUAAAUAGAGCUCACAUCUUAGGCAAGAAAAGAGAUAACGCGCCGAUAAUUGCACAUAUCCCGCAGGACCACGAUAUCAAUUCUAUCAUGGACAAAACAAAAAAUCUGAAGGGAACAGGAUUCGUGGUGCAUAAGGACUAUUCACGUGCGACGAGAGUGCAGCGUAAUAGACUCUAUCUGCUUAAAAAAGAGAUAAUGAAGAGCGACAGUGUACGGAGUUCUACACUAAAGGGAGAUCAACUUGUUAUCGACGGGCAGUAUUUCACAUGGAGAGAGGAGGAGGGUCUACGCUGUGGAGGUGAAUGCGGUGUCGAGAAAUUGAAUAAUAUCUUAAAAAUAGACUGUUCGGAAAUGGUGAAAAAUAUAAAGAAAAAGGAUGAAAAAUCAAAUAUUGAAUCUAAUGAACAAUUUAAUGAAUAGGAUAAGGUCGUCUGCCAAGUACAAGAAGUAGGUGAAUUAAGUGUGUUAGGGUAUAAUGUUGCAGGGCUUAGCGGUAAGGGCUGUGAGCGGGGGAUGCUGACU